AGUCCGGCCCCGUCCCGCCGCGCGCGCCAGCAUGAGCUCCACGCAGUUCAACAAGGGCCCCGCGUACGGGCUGUCGGUCGAGGUCAAGAACCGGCUCCUGUCCAAGUAUGACCCGCAGAAGGAGGCAGAGCUCCGAAGCUGGAUCGAGGGGCUCACCGGCCUCUCCAUUGGCCCCGACUUCCAGAAGGGCCUGAAGGACGGGAUCAUCUUAUGCACACUCAUGAACAAGCUACAGCCAGGCUCAGUCCCCAAGAUCAACCGCUCCAUGCAGAACUGGCACCAGCUGGAAAACCUUUCCAACUUCAUCAAGGCCAUGGUCAGCUACGGCAUGAACCCCGUGGACCUGUUCGAGGCCAACGACCUCUUUGAGAGCGGGAACCUGACGCAGGUGCAGAUGUCUCUUCUCGCCCUGGCUGGGAAGGCCAAGACUAAGGGGCUGCAGAGCGGGGUGGACAUCUGCGUCAAGUACUCGGAGAAGCAGGAGCGGAACUUCGAUGAUGCCACCAUGAAGGCCGGCCAGUGCGUCAUCGGGCUGCAGAUGGGCACCAACAAAUGUGCCAGCCAGUCAGGCAUGACCGCGUACGGCACGAGGAGGCAUCUCUACGACCCCAAGAACCACAUCCUGCCCCCCAUGGAACACUCCACCAUCAGCCUCCAGAUGGGCACCAACAAGUGUGCCAGCCAGGUGGGCAUGACGGCUCCCGGGACGCGGCGGCACAUCUAUGACACCAAACUGGGAACCGACAAGUGUGAUGACUCCUCCGUGUCCCUGCAGAUGGGCUACACGCAGGGCGCCAACCAGAGCGGCCAGGUCUUCGGUCUGGGCCGGCAGAUAUACGACCCCAAGUACUGCCCGCAAGGCACCGUGGCCGACGGGGCUCCCUCCGAUGCUGGCGACUGCCCGGGUCCCGGGGAGGCCCCUGAAUAUCCCCCUGACUACCAGGAGGAGGCGGGCUACUGAGGCUCCCAGCGCGCUCUCUCCCCACGCCGUCUGCCCGUCUGGGUUUCUGGGUUUUUCUGUGUUUUCAUCUUUUUUUUAUUAACCUGUUCAGUGCUGCCAAUCAGCUGAGGGUCUGUGAGUGGCUUUCUCCCCCUUGCCUUGGUCCUUUGCAGGACUGAGCCACCAGGCUGGGGGGGGGGAGGGGUCAAGGCCGUAUCCUGAUGCCUGUAGGGUCAGGGUCCCUGCUGCCCAUCCAGGCUGUGGGCCGGGCUGUGCUGGGGAGAAGAGGCCUGGGCUUGGAGGGAACGGGUCCCUGAAGACUUCCGGUUGCCUCGUCUCUUCUCAUUUUGUCACCCGAUCAGUUUGUGGUUUCUGUACCCACAAAAGUUUCAGGAAGUAGUAACAAAAGAAAAAUACUUCCCCCCCGACAAGGAAUGGGGCGGGGACAGUGGAGAUGGUGCUGGGCAAUGAGUCCCCUGGAAAGGGGGCCUGGCCACGAUGCUGAGUGUCUCAGGCUCCCAAGUGGCUGGGUUUCCCUCCGACCCUCAGACCUGCCCCGGGGCCUGGUGGGGAAAGCGAGGCCUGCACAAGGAAGCGGAAUUCUGAGUUGCUGGGGCCAAGCCUGACCCUGUCUCCAUGCGACCCCGCCCUCCCCGUAGCCUCAGUGGGUUUUUUUUUA